AUGCCAGACACGCCCAUACUGGUUCUACUACUCGCCGACCUCACCACACAAAGCUACCAAAGUAACACAAUUCGAGCCCGCCCAAUUGUGCUGGCAAUGUCGAUUUCUCUCAAAGAAGCGGCGGAAAGCUCUACUCGUACAAAGUCACAUAGUUUCACCUUCUUCGGAACCCUGGUGCUUUUCAUACGAUCCGCCACCCAACCACAGAAUCGAAAUCUAGAAAUGACGGAGCAGAUUGGCAUCACAGCACGUUCCAAUUAG